UGACAACUGACAUAACAGACAAAGUGUCAGUCAUUUUUCAAUUUGUAUAUUCAAGGUUUAGGUUAUAAAUUGGAUUAGAUUAAAAACGUGGUAUAUUUCUGGCUUUUGCAUCAGUGUAUCCGGUGUUUACCUAAUUUAUUUAUAAAAUCUCAAUCUCAGUGGUCUGAAAGAACAGAAAACAGCAAACAUGGAUUGGGACUUGAAAUACGGCGAAUUAGCGAAGGAUAAAGACUUCGUUAACAACUGCGAGAGCCUCAAGGAGAAUUUAAUGGAAGUACAAGAGGUACUGAACCAAUUGUUACCCCUUAAAGAACACUACGAUAAGAUGACACUGCCCUCACAAAUUGAACUCGAUUUAUUCCUGGCGUUCACCUUGAAUUCACUUCAUUGGAUUCAUUUGAGGAUACAAGGCAUCGACCCGACGAAACACCCGAUCAAAGAUGAACUCCAAAGAAUAAAAGCUGUGAUGCUGAAAUGGCAAGAAGUAAAGGAUCGAGAAAAGCGGCCAGUCGUGGACGUAGAAGCGGCAAAGAGGUUUAUCAAGAGUGGGUUGUAUGAUCCAUAUAAAGCUACAGCAAGACCACCUAAUAAGAAGAUCAAAUUCUCUGAUAAUGAUGAAUGAAUACAAUUCUAUAAGUAAUCCAAAAUCAUUUAAGACUGAAAUCAGGUUCUAUGAGAAUAUAAACAUGAAGCUCUCUGUACAUCAAUAUUACACAUCCACUCAGUCAUUACUUCAUCAUCACUCACCAGACAUAUUCACCAUGAAGAUAAUCAAAUGAGUUCCAGUUCCACCUCCAAUUAGUAGAUAAGUAUUUAGCUGUAAUGUUAUUCUAGAUUGCCAAUAUGUUUCUAGUGUUACAUUCCCCACAUUUUGAUUUAGUAUUUAGUCAAAAAGUUGCCUACCCUAGUAUGUAAGCAUUGUGUGAACACACUGACCAAAUUGUUGUUUUAUUUAAGUUAAUAGUUUUCUUGGAUUGUUUUGUUGCCUGUACCAAAGCCAGGUGACACUUCCAUGGUCCACGCAGGCAGUGGCUCAUAGGUAGCAGGGGUGAUUACAGGGGCCUUAAGGUAUUUUGUUUUGUUUUUAAAUUAAGAAUAAAAAAAGGUAAAAGUUGAAUAAAACCAAAAAAAUGUGUAUAAUUAGUAUUAUAGCCUGAAUCUUGGUGUGUAUGUCACUGGAAGAUAACAAGACCUUCAAGUAUAUAAAUUUUCUAGAAAAAUUAUUAACUCUUAAGUUUUAGAACAAGAGUUAAAUUGAAUUAUUUUACCCCCAUAUUUUUGCAAAAUCGCUUUGCUUAAAUUAACUUGCAGAUCUUACUAUCUUCCAGUGACUGUAUAGAUUGAACUUCAGCCAGGCAGGCUAGUUUAAGCAAACUAGAUUUUUCUUUUUUUGUUAGUUUAAUUUUCAAGCAUACAUGAUGAUUUGAAGAGAUCUGUUGAAUGAGUGUAUAAAUUCCCUGUUUUUAGUUGUGUACUAUUUAGAUAAGCUGUUAAGAUUUUUUCUAGAUCUUAUUAAAUACUCAUUUCACAACUAACAAUUUAUACAAAUUAUGUACAUAAGUAUUUAAUAAAUAAAAACAAUUUGUAUAAAA